AUGGCCCUGCCAAUGAAGACCACCAUGAAGAAGGCAAUGAAGGGCAGCGCCAUGAAGGCCAAGUCCAUGAAAGCCAAGGCAAUGAAGGCCAUGAAGAAGAAGGCAAUCAGCAAGAUUGCGCAGGGCAAGCGUGCUAAGCUUGCCGUGUUCAAGGGCAGCAAGGAGACUCUGGAGGGAGAGUGGCAGGUUAUCUGA